UUUCGUUCUCGUUCGUUUCGAAAUAUCAUCGGUUGUUUUUAUUAUAUUGUGUCAUCUUUUCGAUCGUUCUUUUUUUUUUAUUGUUUCUGUGUCUUCUGCAGAAUUCGUUGUGUUGUGCGUUUGAAGAUUACAUCGUGUUUCGAUCGAAUCCAUGACGGGUGGGAAAAGUGCAUUGCACUGUGAAGGCAUACACACACCGAUUUCAUAACAUCAUCAUGAUGAUGACGAGCAGUGAACUUGUGCUAAAGUGUGAAAAUAAAGUUCGAAACGCGCGCAAAAUGAUCAGUCGCAGCUAUUAAAUCACCGAUUCGUAAUCAAGUGAUUGCUAGUGAGAAGCGAAAAAAAGAGAGUUAGAGAGAAAAACAAAAAUCAAUGAACGAAAAUAAAAACAAAAUGUUUGAAAUUUGAAACAAUUUCAUAUCGUGUUGGAAUUUUGUUCAUACGUCGAAUGUGUAUGAUUAGUCAGUGUGUGAAAUUUAAUAAAACUACAGAAAAUUGCGAGAGAGAGAGAGAGAGAGAGAGAGAGAGAGAGAAUAAAGUGUAAAUUCGCACCCAAAUAUAUUUAAGGAAUGAAUUAAGCCAAAAUGAAAAGAAAUAAUGGAGAGUGCACUAAAAUUCAUUAUCUAAACAGAAAAGAAAAAUUUCAAAUCAAAUCAAUUGUGAUGUUUUAAAUAUUUUGUCAAGUUUAGAGCCCUAGACCAAUUAGCAAAUAGUCAAAAAUUCGUCGUCAUUAUCAUCAUCAUCAUCAAUCAUGUUUGAAGUGUGAUCGUUUUGCGAAAUGUGUGAUUAGCGAUGGUAGUGAACUUGAUGACAUUCUUUUGCAAAUGUGUGAACUGAAUAGAUGCCGAUGCAAACUCAAAUGAGCGAAACGGAAACAAAAAUAGUCCAAAGUGUUGUAACAUUCAAAAUGAAAUUUUCUUCAUUGAGCCGGCCAAUAUACUUUUCGCAUGACAACGUUAGAUUCAUUUGUGGAUUUCUCGGUGUGUUUGUGUUUUUGUCGUUCGAAACAAAUCUUGACGAAUAUGUGAGCUUGAUCUGAAAUUAGAUGCAACCAUAAAUCAAAUGUCCGAACGGAAUAUUUCGGAAGAAUAACUCCUUCAUUCGGUUGCGUUGCCAGUGUGUGUUUUGAUUCAAGCUGAGUUUGCCAGCUCAUAAGCGCAUUACUAAAAAUAUUCAAACAUAAGUCAGUUCAAUGAGUGAGUUCUAUAGAAGCAAGAUGAGAAGAAGAAAAAAAACACACACACGCAGUAGAAAACUAUUUCCAUGUGCAACGCGCACACAUGCAUCUUUCAUCUCAUCAACACAGAAUCUGCAAAAAAAAAAUGAGAAAAACAACCAGGAAAAAUAAUACAAACUGCCUGUUCGAAUGCGGAUAAAUGGAAUUCACAAGCAUUAGAAAACCGAGAGCGACGUCGUUUUCUAGGCGCAGCAUUAGAAAAUAAAAUCCAAUAAAAGGCGUCUUUAUUCAAAAAAAAACUGAAAAUUGUUUUGAAAUGGUCGGCCGGGUUUUCAAGCUAAGUUUUUAUUUGCUCGCUUCGUUCAUUCAUUCGUUCGUUCGUUCUUUCGUAUGCAUGCGCGAGUUGUGUGAAUUCUCAAAAACUGCCAUUAGAACAAUUAGAAAAUCAAAUACAAACAGAUAAAACACACACACACAUACAUUCACUCAUUUCAGAGGUAUAUAUAUUCAACUCUAAUGGAGUGACUUGUAAGCGAUUUAUUUACAUUUGGCUGAAAGGUGUGAAAAUAAAGUGUUGGACAUUUGUGAAAAGUCACAAGCAUUUUUGGAACUCGGAAAUAUAUGCAUGUGUGUACGUGUGAGGCUGAAAGAGAAAGCAAAAGCAGGUGAACGAGACACAACGAUUCAAAAACCAACAAAAACAACAACAGAAAAAAAUGUGUACAUUCGUAAUACAGAGAGUAAACGAGUACAGUGUACAAUCGCAUAUAACAUUUGAAAUGUAAAGUUCAUUGACACUAAAUGAUCGGUCGCACUUACGCUACGUUCUACGCAUUCUCGAGCUAUCGAACACACUUGGGCCCAAGCUCAGUCACGCACACACACAUACACACACAUAUACAUACACACAGCCUGACGAACAACGGCACUGUCAGCCGAGAGAAGCGAACGUAUUUAAGAAAUUUGCCACAAAUACGUCAAAACGACCGAUAUAAAAUGCGGAAGAAUUUUUUUUUUCACAGAGAAUGUGUCUCGAACGUCGAACGAACGCGACGAGCGAGAGAGUAAAGCGAUUGAAAUAAUGUACACACAAAAACAGAAGAGAAACACACACACACACAGAGAGAGAGAGAGAGAGCGAGCGCGAGAGAGAGAACACACGGAAAUUUAUUAUAUAGAAAGAGAGCGCGUGAAGUGCGCGCGCGUAUGCAUAUUAAAAUGCGUGUUGGAGUUGCGACGAGAAACAAUAUAACGAAUCAGAAUCACAUUCAGAAUGUAAUUAAAGCAGGCGAUAUAUGCCUUUUGUACAUGUGUACGCACACACAUACAGACAGAGAGAGCGCGCGCGAUUUGGAACAGCAGUCAGUCAGUCAGUCAGCCAGCCAGUCCGCGCGCUAUUGUUUGUGCGCGCGUUCAAACCGGUAUAAACAUACAUGCAUGCUUGACGACGGAAUGAAAGAUAGCGCGCGCUCUCUGUCUCUGCGUCAAAGAAAGUAGCAUGCCAUAUGGACGACUCUUUCUUUCGACGUUUUUUUCCCUUUUUGUUUGAGUAUAUCUCAUUUUGUUGGCUCUUCACAGAUACAAAACGAAAAAGAAAAAAACAAACAAACUACGAAGUUCAUUAUUUCUUCGUCCACCGAAAAUAUUCGGAAUUAAUGGCAAUCACAAACAAUGAUGAGAACUUAAGGCUACACAACCGAAAUGAUACAUUGAGUCUCUUAUUUAUUCUAUCGUGCGCUUGUUUAUGAAGACUCCUAAACGGGCAGCGAAAUUCAUUCGACAUAAGCAUCGGUCGACAACAAAUGACAAAGUGUGUUUAAGUGCUUGAAAGCCCAACGCGGUUUAUCAAACAAGUAAAAUUCGCUUCUCGAUACCAUUGUUUCACGCGGGCGACAUUAUGCAACCACUCUAAUGAAAAACAUAAGGGAUCAUUUGAAGAAAAAAAAGUCCAAAUAAGAGAACAUUUUUGUUUGCUAACAGAAAAAAAUGUUAACGAUUUGAAAUCGCAUCUCUGCAUAAUCCAUUGAAAGGUGAAAGAGUUUCAAAGGUGGCUGGAAAGGUGUGAAGAAAGAAAAUUGCGCAAAUUUUCAUCCAAUUAAAAAAGUCCAUCCACACUGUGCUCUCUGUCUUGCACACACACAUGCAUUUGAUCGGCACGUGCACUGCAUCUAGAUGGAUUUUUAAGUAGCCGUAGUUUCGUUAGAACGAAGCGUUUCACUCGUUCAAAUGUACGAUAUCCCUCAUUGUUUUGCGAGAGAGAGAGAGAGCGCGCUUUGCACAUAAUACAUAAUAAUUGUCUCCGUUUGCUUGCUCUUUUUCUCGAUUCUUCGUUUUUUUUCUUCUUCUUCCAUCGUUUCCUUGCCUGCCUCUGCCUGCUCUUAGUUCUCUCUCGGUUGUUUGCUUAUUACACUCGGCCGCGUUCAGUAUGUGUCAUUCAAUUUGGCUGUUGUUGCUGCUGCUGUUCUUCUCUGUGUCGCCAAAUGACAAUGCAUAUUCUCUCUCUCUCGCUGAAAUCGCGAUUGUAUUUACUUUCUUUUCUUCGUAUCAUAUCGUAUCGCUUUCUCCGUAUGAUUCGACAGUAAGGCGAGCACACAGAAUAUGUGAGAUAGAAGCGAAGAAAAAAAACAUUUGAACGAUGACAUAACAAUUUAUGUGUAUGGGCUGGCUGGCUCGUUGGUUGAUGCAUUCAUUGCAAUUGAGCAUGCUAAAAUACAACACUGUAAUGAUAACGAUGGCGUUUUUCUUCUUUUUCCCUUUUCGUUUGUGUACGGAACGCGCACGUUUGCAACUGUACAUUGCUCCUUUGCAGCACUUCCCAUUCGCACGUUUCAUACAGCGCGGUGGUGUGUGUGUGUAUGUGUGUAUUUGAUGUGUUAAAUUUUAAAGUUCUAAAAAUAGCUGAACCUUUGAGAUGAACCAUAAUUGCUGAAUGAUGGAUGAAUAAUAAUCAGACGUUGACAUUUGAUGACUGUAAGAAUUGUUGAAUCGACGAACAAUGUUGUGUGUGAUAAAUAUGCCCCGAAAAAAAAGUCGUUGUACCGUCGUAUUGAUAUCGAGGCAUACAAAAUGUGAAUGCAAUUUUUGUUCUUCCCUGAAAUUAUUUCAAUUUUUAUUUCAAUCAAGAUUUGUUGUGUCAUUUAAACGAGUGUUGAUUUAUGUGAAAUCCUUGAGCGAUGAUGUUUUGUGAAUUUCGGGCAAAAUAUCAAAUCGAUGAUUUCAACCGCAUAAAUUAUUUCGAAAGUUUUUUUUUUCUUCAUGCUAAUCCUUUUCAACCUAAAUGCGGGAAUUCAUUGAAAUUGGCACAUUGCAAUUCUUAUCAGUUGUCCUCGUGCACAUUAAGCCUUUUAACUUCAUCAACCUUAUAUUCACAUUGAAAUGGACGCAAUCAACAUACAAAUGAUUUCGAUUAAUUGGAUUGCUUAGUACAAUGUUUGUUUUUUGCAUUGUUUGUUUGUUUGUUUUUUGCUAAUGCGCCGCGCUGCCCAUUCUAAAGGUGCAUGAUCUUUUUGCAACAUCAAAACGACAAACUAUCCAUUUCAAAACAAAACACAUCGCAACAUACGCACUCAUUAAUUGAAUGAUAUGCCAGCAAAUGGAAACAAAGGAAGCUCAACUCUUCCGUAUGAGUUGGUUAUGUCACAAACACAAACAAAAACACUCAUUCACUCAUUUAAAAUGGAAACCAUGUCAAAAUCGCUCGCUCACUCGCUCCCUCUCUCUCUCUCUCUCAAUUUGCUGUCGGCCACACAAUGUUUAUAAUAAUCUGCAUAUUUUUGAUUUAUUGGUCACAAAACACACGUAGAUACCAAGUAUCGAAAAUGCAUUUUAACUAAACAGAUACUUUGCAUUUAACUUAAUGACUUAAUUACAGAUGCAAAUACCGAAUUAAAUGAAUGAGAGAGAGCGAGAGAUAGAUCUAAAGUGUGUACGAUUUGUUUAGCCGACAAUUAAUUAUCAAUAAUAGCAAACUUAUGUGGCCAAUUUGAGUGCGCAAAUUGAUUUAGCCACAAAAACGAUGGAAAAACAAGAAAUGCCAAUGAACGACAGUAUACCCACAAUCCACAUACAUUUACAAACACAAUCAUACACUCAAACGCAUUACCAUUGGGAAUAUGCAUAGGUUUCUCGGAAACGGAUUUUCAUAAAUCAUCGAUGAUGAUGUUUCAUUGGGUUGGCGUGGUUUCGAUACGUUUGGAGAAAACCAUUUUGACACCGGCUUCAACGGCUAUGUGUUAGUUAUAUGGCUUCAGCAUUAGGCACUCACUCUCUAUCGCUCUCUUUCUCUUCUACUCACACACACUUUAGCAAGUAAUCAUGUGAAAUUCUGGACAUCGCUAAUUGCCCAUAUCGAUUGAAAUUUUAAGACUAAUCGUAAUAACAUCAAGCAUUCCACAUUUCAAUUGUUCCAUCGCGUUCAUCCAUUUCUUUUCGAUUUCGCUUUGUGUGCUCAUUGGUAGUUUGGUAUGUUUUUCUCUAGUGCAUCGGAUGGUCUUUCGUUCGGAUGAUUGAAUGCAAACAGACACAUGCAAAUGAAUUGAGUUUGCAUCCAUCGCAUCGAAAAUUGAGUAAAUUGUGCGAUAAACCAUUGAGUUAAAAAAAAAAAAGAAAAUCCAAAAACCAAGUGAACCGAAAGAGAAGGAAAGAAUAAAUACCAAAAUUUCGUGGAAUAAGUGAAACGAGACGCGUGUACAGUUUUGUGCGUGUGGAAUACAAUGUGGACCAAUCACAAUGAACUACCCGACAAAUAUCCCACGUAAAUUGAGACAAUGGAAAACGAAUUCACCGAUUUUUUAAAUCAAAAUUGGAAUGAAAAGUAUAAAGUCGGUGUGACGUCGUCGUCUUUACAUUUGAAUAGUAAUAAUGGUGUGCCAAAUCCAGCACUAAACCACGUUGCGCUGCAACAAUACCAUCAGCAAACGUUUCGUGCGGCUACCUCAUCAACAACACCAGCAUCAUUGUCAUCCGCAACAUCGAACUAUGAGAACAUUCGAUUGGCAUUUAUGCAACAUCGCCAACAAACGCAGGCAGCGGCGGCAGCAGCAGCUGCUGCUGCUGCCCAAGCUCAGCAACAACAACAGCAGCAGCAGCAGCAACAGCAACAGCAACAUCAUCACCAGCACCACCAUACAGCCACAAAUUCAUCACUUCCGAUUCAACGUAAUCCAUCGACAACUGCUGCAUGCCCGAAACAAAUCGACAUUCAUAGCAUCAAAGGCAAUAAUGCCACUCUGCCCUUCGACUGUCAAAUUGACAGUACAAACCCAGCACCGACAGCCUCAUCAGCCACAUCAUCAACGUCAUCAUCGUCGUCGUCGUCAUCGUCAGCGGCUACAUUACACACAGUUUCGGCCGGCGGCGAUCAGGAUAAAAAAACCGCCAAUUCCAUUCGAGCGCAAAUAGAAAUAAUCCCAUGCAAAGUGUGCGGCGAUAAAUCAUCGGGCGUGCACUAUGGUGUGAUUACGUGCGAAGGAUGCAAAGGAUUUUUUCGACGAUCACAGAGCUCCGUGGUGAACUAUCAAUGUCCGCGAAACAAACAAUGUGUGGUGGAUCGAGUAAAUCGAAACCGAUGUCAAUACUGUCGACUGCAAAAGUGCCUCAAAUUAGGAAUGAGUCGUGACGCUGUAAAAUUUGGACGAAUGUCAAAGAAGCAAAGGGAAAAAGUCGAAGACGAAGUGCGGUUUCAUCGAGCACAAAUGCGUGCACAAAAUGACGCGGAACGACCAGAUAGUUCAGUUUACGAUACACAGACUCCAUCAAGCAGUGAUCAACUACAUCAUAAUUACAAUGGCUACUAUUCAAAUGAAGUUGAAAACUAUGGCAGUCCAUACGGUUAUUCACAGUCGGUAGCCACACCACAAACGAUUGGUUAUGAUAUUUCAGCUGAUUUCGUUGACAGUACAACCGCCUACGAACCAAGAAACAACACAAUCAUCGACGCUGAUUUCAUAGGAAUGCACAGUAGUACAAUGAGACGUGGAACACCAUCCGAUUGUCAUACUGAUUCGAACACAAGCACAACCGGCGGUAAUAAUCAAAUUCAAGCUCAACAACAGACACAGCCACCAUCGUCACAGCCACCAACGGCGACAGCGGCUCAACAAACACAAUCGCAACAAGCGACGCAACAGCAACAACCAGCUAACACACAAAUCACCACACAUCCGAAUUAUGGAGAAGACGAUAGCUCCUGUGAUUCGCACUUUUUAGCUGAAGGUAAUAUCAACGAUGUUUUAAUCAAAACCCUGGCCGAAGCACACGCAAAUACUAACCCAAAAUUGGAAUUCGUGCAUGAAAUGUUCAGAAAGCCACAGGAUCUAUCUCGAAUUCUUCACUACAAGAACAUGGGCCAAGAAGCGUUGUGGCUAGACUGUGCUGAAAAACUAACGCAAAUGAUACAAAAUAUCAUUGAGUUUGCUAAACUAAUACCCGGAUUUAUGCGAUUGAGUCAAGAUGAUCAGAUUUUGCUGCUGAAAACCGGUUCAUUUGAAUUGGCAAUUGUUCGAAUGUCUCGAUUAAUGGAUCUCUCGCAAAAUGUCGUUUUAUACGGCGAUGUAUUAUUGCCGCAAGAAGCAUUCUAUACAUCAGACUGUUCGGAAAUGAAAUUAGUUGCAUACAUUUUUGAGACUGCUAAAAGUAUUGCUGAGCUUAAAUUAACUGAAACUGAGUUAGCAUUGUAUCAAAGUUUGGUGCUAUUAUGGCCAGAACGGAAUAGUGUUCGUGGCAAUACGGAAAUUCAAAGACUUUUCAACAUGAGUAUGUCAGCAAUAAAACAAGAAAUCGAAGCGAAUCAUGCACCAAUCAAAGGGGAUGUCACAGUGCUUGACGCACUCCUCAAUAAAAUUCCAACGUUCCGUGAGCUGUCGUUGAUGCAUAUGGAAGCCUUAAACAAGUUCAAAAUGGAGCAUCCGCAUUACGUGUUUCCGGCUCUGUACAAAGAACUGUUUUCGAUUGACUCACAACAGGAUCUGACAUAGCAAGAUGAUAAUGAUACGCAAUCGCCUGAGCAUCAGCAAUUGCAUGAGUAAAACAGCAGCAACAACAACAACAACAUUUAACAUACACACCACCCACAACAACAACACCCCAACCCACAUUAUUCAGUCUUUCGUCAAUCGGUUUUUUUUUAUCACAUAGAAAUCCUCAUCGAGACAGAACAUUCUAUUGAACAAAAUGAAGAUUAAAAAGAAGAGAAAAAAAAAUGUUUCGAACCAAAUUUAUCACUUAACAUCCCCCAUGUAAAAUGUAUCGCAACAAAGACUAAAAGAAACAGCAGCAAUACGAGCAUAGUUCAGUCUGUACUGCAUCUGACCAAUUUAACGAAACGAGUAGCGUUUGAAUUCCAUUCGUCGGCUGCGAAAUCGAUGCGAACUGAUUUAUUUUCGACACUAAAAUGAGAUAUAUCAAGGCCGCACACACGCACCAUUGUGAUCAUUUCCAUCCAUUUUGAUCCGUUGUUGGCACAUGAUUGUUGCAUAAAUUUUUCAUUUAAAUGAUCGAAAUAGCGCGACUGUGAAUGAUUCUGUUAAUUUAUAGUUUAUCAUAUGUUAUGAGAAAAUUUUGAAGAGACGAAAAAAAAACGAAUUGUUUGUUAUGACUUAAAUUAUUAUGAAGUGUUAUAUUUUCUUUAUUAAAUUAUUUUUUUUUCUUCGUUUUUUUUCUCAAUGUCCAAACAUUUUUUUUUUUUUUCAAAUGCAAACGAUAAUCAAAUGUGAUGAUUAUUAUAUCGGUUCCAAUUUUUUUUUCUCUGUUCACACCAAGAGGACCGGUGUUCAUUGUGAUCACAACCAUUCGUUUUAGUGGUUGCACAUUUUGCCUUGUUGUGAGCUGACCAAUUUUUCGAAUUUUUAUCUUUCUGCUAUUUUAUUGUGGUAAUGAUGUGCAUAUUUUUGCACGUAUAUCGAAAUCAAUGUGCAAUAUGUAUUGGAAUCAAUCAUAAAAUUAUCAUAUUACCCGUACGCAUUUUCAGUUUUUUUUUUUGAAAAAAUGGUUUUAUUGUUUGUUAAUAAUUUAUUUAGGAUGUAUUCGAUAUGCAUGUGGAUGAUAAAAUCAUCGUGGAAAAUUGAAAAAAAAAAUCGAAAUAAAUAGCGCAUCAAAUGCGAAACAAGGAAACAAAAUUUUUGAAUGGAAUCGACUCGAAAUUUCACAAAAACAAAGAAAAUGUAUGUGCUUCGGUGCAAAAUGGGUGGGCAUUUUUUGUUUAGAGACAGUGGAUCAAUCGAAAAUUCGUAUUCCGAAUAUAUUUGUUAUAUGCAUAUAUACAAAUCUGAUGUGUUAGUCACAUUUCGUGAUGCAUGUGUUCAGAAAACAAAUCAAUCCACGUUGUCACGUUGAAAAUGGCCAUUUCGUCAGUUUGCUCACACAUUUUAAGCCAAAUUGAUUCGACGAAAUUAGUGAUUGCAAUUAAAACACCGUAUUUCUCUAUCUUCAACUAUGUCGAUAUGGUGAUGUUCAGAUCGAUGUUGCAGCACCGAAUGGAACACGCAUCAAAAAUCCGGCUUCGUUAGAGAAUAAAACAUUUUUUUUUUCGACAACAGUGUUAUUCAACGGAAAUAUAAAAUGCUAUUUGUUAUCAAGUAAUUUAAUUGAAUGAAGCAAACAACAACAACAACAACAAAAAUCUAACAUUAACUUAUAUGAACGUAAGUGAAAGAUAGAAAAUAGAAGAAGAAAAUAAUGAAUAGAAAAAAAAACAAUGUUAAGAAGAGAAGCGAGGCAGAAAUAGAGAGAAAAUAAAAAAAGAAAAA